CAUUCCAAAUUCAAUCGUUUUCUGGCUUUCUGCACUCAGCGGCAGAUAUUCAAAAAACCCAAAACCAUAACCUAUGAGGUGAGGCGAGGCGAGGCAACCAUUCAUUACCAUACAUAGAAGGUCGUGCCUCGAGUUCCUAAGGAAAAAUGCUUUUUUGCAACAACCCAUCGUUAGUCUUCGUCCCCCUUCCAGGAACCCCUAAAAAAAACUCAUCGAUUAUUACCAAUUCUGCGUCCAGCAACAGAAUCAGCACAUCUCUAACCCAGCGAAGAACCAUGUUUGCGUUCGAAGCUCGAUACUCUCUGCUUUUCGCUCUUGCUUCCCAAGCCACUUCUUUGUCUCAGAGACUUCUAGCGGACGCGGCCACUGAAACUGCUAAAUACAUAUUUCCCAAAAGAUUUGAAAGCCGGACUCUCGAAGAGGCUCUGAUGGCAGUUCCGGACCUUGAGACUGUGAAGUUCAAAGUUCUCGGUACGCGGGACCAGUAUGAGAUCAGGGAAAUUGAGCCUUACUCUGUAGCAGAGACUACAAUGCCUGGGAAGAGUGGCUUUGACUUCUAUAGUGCCUCCCAGUCCUUUAAUGUCCUAGCUGAAUAUCUUUUUGGGAAGAACACAAAGAAGGAGAAAAUGGAGAUGACAACACCUGUUUUUACACGCAAGGAUGAGAAUGACGGGGUUAAAAUGGAUAUGACAACGCCUGUGUUGACAACAAGGAUGGAAGAUCAUGGAAAGUGGAAAAUGUCUUUUGUCAUGCCAUCAAAGUAUGGUGCCAACUUACCAUUGCCUAAAGAUUCCUCUGUGAUGAUCAAAGAGGUCCCCAGAAAAAUAGUUGCGGUAGUUGCCUUUUCAGGUUACGUGAAUGAUGAAGAAGUUCAGCGACGAGAAUUAAAACUACGAGAAGGAUUGAAAAGGGACAGAGAAUAUAAAGUUAAAGAGGGCUCUUCAGUAGAAGUUGCGCAGUAUAAUCCCCCGUUCACGCUUCCAUUUCAACGACGCAACGAGAUUGCAUUGGAGGUAGAAUGGAAAGGUGAAUAGGAACUCUGUCCUCCAAAUUUAAAAUCAGGAGGCACUCUUAAUUUUUCAACAGCCCUGUUGUAAAUAGCGAGAUAGGAACUCGUCCGGUAUGACAUGAAUCAGAGACUCCAACACCAGAAGAUCUUGUGUACCUGAUUGUGAUGCAUGUCAUUUGUAAAUAUAGUUAGAUAACAAUUUGACAGUCACUUGGUGGAGGUUUCUGCCAUUUUCAUUUAAUCUAAAAUGUUAUAAUAAAGUUUCGAUAUGUUAACCUUAUUAUAAUAAA